UCUCCAAGGCCCUAAUGGAGAUGUCCUCCCCCAAUGCUGCACAUGCUGAGCCUCCCAAGAGCUACAAGCUGCGGUUCAACAGCGUCUCGCAGUCCGAUCAGCUCGUGGCAGCCUGGAAGAGGAAGAGGAGGCAGCUGAGCAACACGGACAGCGCGGGGACGCUGGGGGCUCUGCGGUUCUCUGUCUUCGGGCUGGGGUCGCGGGCGUACCCCCACUUCUGCGCCUUCGCACACGCGGUGGACACGCGGCUGGAGGAGCUGGGGGGGGAGCGCAUCCUGCCCAUGGGGGAGGGCGACGAGCUGUGCGCACAGGAGGAGUCCUUCCGCACCUGGGCCAGGCUGGUCUUCCAGGCUGCCUGCGAGACCUUCUGCGUGGGGGAUGGAGGGGAGGCAUCCGAGGAGAUCUUCGUGGCACAGCAGGGUUGGAAGCGCCAGAAGCACCGCCUGGCCGUGCAGCCCGAGGGCACCGAUCUGCUCACCGGGCUGUCCCAUGUGCACAAGCGCAAAGUGUUCCCGUGCACCGUGAUCUCGGUGGAGAACCUGCAGAGCGAGGCGUCCAGGUGAGCCCCCACCGUGCCCUCAAUGUGCCCUGCUGCUGUGUGCCCAGACUGCAGGGGGUGCAGAU